UAUUCUUGAAGGUGUACAGUACGAUUCGGUGAAGUGAGGUGAAAUUAUUGAAACACAUAAAUAAUCGUCAAAUAUGAUAAAACAUUAGUUUAUUUACAUAUAAUAGUUUCCCACAAAAAUGUCACAUUUAAUUUUCUGUGCUGUAUCAUACAUUUACAGUAAAUAUUGAACUUAUGUUAUAGUUAAUGAAAUUACGAACAAGUGAACAGUCUGAACUAUUUCAACAGUCACAACAUCCACAUAGGAUCGUGGAUGUAAACUAUAAAAAUCAUCAGCUGCUCGAACUUAUUAAAUAGUACUACUUGCUAUAUGUUGUUAUAAUAGUUGCCACACUAUUAUUUAAUGAACAUUAUUUUCAAGAAAUUCACUAUUAUAUAAAUAUUUCAAUUUUACAAAUGGAUAAAAUGCAAUCGAAUACAAUACAAGAAAAAUGUGAUGUAACUGAUGAGAGUUUACCUGCAGUAACUGCUAGUUUAGAAUUACUUACAGUAGACACAAAUUUGCCAUAUCCAGAACGAAAAAGGGCAGUCAGGAGGAAAACGUUUUGCAUCGACCACAAUGAAAGUCUUAAUAGAAGAUGCAGUUUAAGACCAAGAAAAAGAAGUACAGAGAUGGAAAAAAACGAUAAACAAAACAAAACACAAGAAGUAGAUGUUAAAAAUUAUUAUUUAAAUAAAAAUUUAAAACGAAAAUUAAAUUCUCUGGAAACAAUUUAUGAAGAAAGAGAUAGUUCAAGCGAAAAUAAUACGUUUAUGAGUGUAAAAAGAUAUAAGCGAAUGAUACAAUUUCAAAAUAAACCUACAGAUUGCAAAUUAAAGAAAAGAAGAGCAAAAAUUAAGAAAGUAUUUGGAUUGAAUGUUGGUUUUAAGCGAAGAUGUGCAUCCAUGCAAAUGUUGCUGGAUAAACUUAAUGGUAUUAGAGCAGAAUCCCCAACAAAGAUUGAUAAUGAGACAAAAUGAUCAUUGAUACAAAAGUAUUAAAAUGUACAAUGCAGAGUAAGUUCUAACAAAAAAUAUUUAUUGAAAUGACUUUCUUUUAUAAUGCAACUUUGUGGUUCCCGUUUUUGCUCAAUUUAUAAAAUUUUUGUAUAAUUACAUCAAUGUGUAUGCAUUAAAAGUGCAUGCAAGAGUACUUACGGUGAUACCAAUAGAAAGAAUCAAUUUCCACAUCGCAUUUUUUUGGUAUUUGAAGAUGUAAUAUCAUUUGUGCUAUAUGCGU